GUAUGUUCUUGAUUUAAUUAAAAAUAACAUUUUAUUAGCAUAAGCCUGUUUUUGACAAUAAUUUAAGUUUGGUAUCAUAACAUAACCUCAAUUGCGCAAGACAGGAAUAGAGUUUCUCAUUCCGUUGUACGUCUUUUGCGUCAGUUCUUCAAUUUUGCCUAUCAUUAAAUAAUGGAACGUCUUAUUUGCUUACGUUGAGUACUAGCUAUUGUUUGAACGUGCUAAAAGUUGAGUCAUAUAACUAGAGUGCUCUGAAUUUCAACUCAACUUACUGCAAAAUAUUUUAAUAUAUUUGUGAAUCUACAAAAGUUAUUAUUUGCGUCGCAUCCAUAGAAACUUUGAGGUUAAAACUUUCUAUCUUGAUAGAACUAAUAUAAACUCUGUGAUUCAUUGGAAAUUAUCUCAUACUUCAAAGAAAUUUCAAACUGUCUCGUUUGGACUUUCAUCCUUGGAUGUCAGCUGAAUGUUUUUUCUGAACAGUGUUUGCAAGUGUUUUGGAACUGCAAUGAGAUAGACUUUCCAAAUAUCUACCUACUGAGUUUAUCAAGAUCGUGUGAGUUCAAGCUUUCUUGGAACUUUACGUGGUUCACUUUCUAAUCUGUCUUCAAAUUUAUACAUGCAAUAUUAGUUUAGAUUGAUUUAGCAGCUGCUAACUUGGAAUACGAUUGAAGCUGUUGAUGUGCUCAAAAAUUAUUCUGUCAGUUAUUAGAAGUUUCAGAGUAAAUUUGGCAAUAUAUAACAAGUUAGUGUUCCUUUAAAAUUUUUGUCAUUUAUUAAUUAAUUAAAUGUUUUAUAGGUAGUAUAUUUUUAAUACACACCUUUAGUUUGAUCUAAUUAUUGUAAGUUAUAUUUCGAAUUUCAGAAAAUAUCCCCUUACAAGCUUAAAAAUGCGUAAUAAUCGUCUAUUCAAUUUUGUUUUCUCCCUAAUCAAUCGUAAAAUACACCCCAGUCCAGCAAUCACUAGAGCUUCCUUCCAAGUUGUGUCUAAAAAAAUAACCCCCUACUUUUUUCACACUUACAAAUACGGGCGAAUACCGAUUUUGCUGAGUUUCCUAUCUUUAGGCUCCAAAGACGAUAAAGCAACAAAACGUAAAAACGCCAUUACUGAGUCUGACAUCAUUUUUGCUGCAGAUAAAUUUUUAGAGGUUUGUGAGCUUUUAUCAGAGUUCAAACAUGAGGACGACGUAGAGAUUUUAUGGAGACUGGCUAGGGCCUUGUAUAAGUUGUCUUGUGAGAAGGAUGUGAAAAAUACGGAGAAAGAAAAGUUGGUGAGAGAGGCCUACAACUUCCUUGAAAGGGCCUUGGAAUUGGAUGUCAAUCAUUUCGCGGUCCAUAAAUGGAUGUCAGUGUUGCUGGACGCCAGAAGUGAGUUGGAUGGUAUUAAAGUGAGGAUUAGUAACCUGGAAAAAGUGAAACAGCAUAUGUUGGAGGCUGUCAAGCUGAACCCUAAAGACGCUACAACUUUUUACAUGUUGGGCUCCUGGUGUUUUCAAAUUGCCGACAUGCCCUGGUAUCAGAAACAAAUUGCCUCUACGAUUUUCGCGAAGCCUCCUGAAUCGUCGUUUGAGGAGGCUUUGGAGUAUUUCAGGAAAGCCGAGGAAAUUCAGCCGAAUUUCUACAAUCAGAACUUGUUUAUGUUGGGCCAGACUUACAUGAAGCUGGGUAAUAAAGAUGAGGCCACGUUUUUGACUCAGGCUGUCGAUUAUAAGGUGACCACUGAAGAUGAUAGGAAAGCUAAGUUGGAUGCUGAGAAUCUGUUGAAGAAAUUGGGGUGAAGAAUUGUUCACCUCUCUAUAACUGGUUGGAAAUUGGGUUGUUGAAACUGAUUGUAUUAGUGAGGUCCACGUUAUAAUGGCAUUGGAUAAAGAUAGGAGAAAAACGUUGCUGAUCCUCUGUCUUGUCAAUGCCUUCUAUAGACGGUAGC